CUCCGGCCGGAAUCAUCUGCAAUCUAGUGGUUUCCAAAACGUCAUGGCCUUGGAAAAUGCCAUUUGAAAUUUUGAAUCAUGACUAGUCUGAGGUGAGGUCAGACGCUUAAAGCCUGUAGCCAUCACUACUAGUCAUAUAUGACGCAAUGUCUGACGUAUUCUUUCAUAUGAUUCCAUAGGACUAAAUGAUUCUAAACUACUUUUAUGGUAGAAUAUGGAGUCGUAAUGAAAAAUGCACAUGUCUUGAAAAUAUAUAUAAGAAUCCUUCUCGUUCUCUCCAUUUUCUAACCUUAUUAUGGCUUCAGAAACCAGCAAUGCUGCCAACACAGGCGCCCCAUCUUCACCACUCCAAGACCGAGUUGCCAUCGUGACCGGGGCCUCCCGAGGGAUCGGCCGAGCCAUCGCGCUCCACUUAGCCUCUUUCGGCGCUAAACUUGUCGUCAACUACACCUCCAACUCAACCCAAGCCGACCUUGUAGCCUCUGAGAUCAACUCCGCCUCUGUUUCUCCCAACAACCCACUAGCCAUCACGGUCCGUGCCGAUGUAUCCGACCCAACCCAGGUGAAGUCUCUCUUCGACAAAGCCCAGGAGGUAUUCAACUCGCCCGUCCACAUCUUGGUCAACAACGCGGGAGUUGCAAACCCCAAGAACUCAACACUUGCUAAUACUUCUGUGGAGGAUUUUGAUCAUAUCUUCAGUGUGAAUGCCAGAGGGACAUUCCUGUGCGCCAGAGAGGCAGCAAACCGGCUCAAACGCGGUGGUGGGGGUCGAAUUAUACUGCUAUCAUCGUCCUUGGUGCGUUCGUUGAAGCCAUGCACUAGCGCAUACGCAGCAUCAAAGGCCGCGGUGGAUACGAUGACUAAGAUACUGGCAAAGGAGCUCAAGGGGACUGGAAUUACUGUAAACUGUGUAGCGCCGGGGCCAAUUGCCACAGAUCUAUUUCUCGUUGGAAGGACAGAGGAGCAGAUGAAGAGUGUGAUUGAGGAUUGCCCCUUUGGCAGGCUGGGUGAGACGAAAGAUGUGGCACCUCUUGUUGGGUUUUUGGCUACUGACGCCAGUGAGUGGGUUAAUGGGCAGGUUAUUCGCGUUAAUGGUGGCUAUGUUUAGCAUUAUACAUGUCUCUGAACAUGAAAUGUCUAGCAGCUACUUUCUAUAAGCUUUCCUUCUUGUAAUGGGUUGGGGUUCAUCCCUUCUUAUUCCUCACACUGUCACAAGUGGCAAGAUGGCCAGAUGCUUUGGUUCCAUAACUUGUCUGUCUCGAUGAAGGGAUUAUUGAGGAGAAGAAGAAGAAUAAAAAGCCCCUGUAAUAAUACGGAGUUUUCCAAGUUGUCAAA